AUGUUUUUAAUUUUCCUCGUUGCUCGAUCCUAUCUUUUUCGAUCUUCAUAUUUACUUUUUUAAGUACAGUUAAUUAAAUUUAAUAAUAAAUAAAGAAGGUUAAGUUAAACAAAUCUUAGCAAAUCAAUGGUUACAUUUCUGUAAGAAGAAUAAUCCAAUGCGGGAUGGCAAGUAAAAAAAAAUUUAAACCAGAUUGUGAAGAACUUCCUGUAGCCGUUCUAUCGGAUGAAGUUUAUGCAAAAGUUGAAUUAGUGCCAGUAUAUGCCAGUACCAUAAAAGUUAAGACAGAUACAUCAAAAAUUGUUAAAUGGUUGUCACAACAUUUCCCUGUGAAGGACUUGUCACAUUUGAAGCGUGUGAGGAAGAGAGCAGGGAUUGAAAAUAUGGAAGAAGAGUGUGGUUUGGAUGUGAUCAUAUGCUCUUCAAUUGACUGUUAUUCAAAGAGAGAUCUAAUUGAUAGAAUCAAAAAUUUCAAAUGCACAGCAAACGUUUCUGUUGAAAAUCAAAAUGCUCCUGAUUAUAUUUAUAAUUUAAUCAAAAGUGCAUUCCUUGUCAAGGUCCCGUUGUUACCUGCAACAACUCGAGAUCAGUUUGUGGAGGCAUCCAGGUACUGGCCUGUUUCAUUCCAUGAAGAUAAAAAUGUAACAAGCUUGCUUCAGAAACAUAUUUUCAGCUCAAGUGAUUUACACAAGCAUAAAAUGAAUAUGAAACGUGCCUUUGACAAAUCUUUGGAGAAUUCAAGAGAAAUUGCACCUGUCAUCGGCUGUGUGAUUGUUGAUCCGUCCAAUGGUGAAGUGAUGUCUGCAUCAGGUGAUACCAGAGAUGAACACCCCUUACAUCACGCUGUCAUCAAUGCCAUCGAUUCAUUGGCGCGUCAUCAAUCAGCCAAUUUUGAUCCUUCGAACAAAACUGGACCAUACCUAUGCACCAACUAUGAUGCCUACGUGACUGUUGAGCCAUGCGUCAUGUGUGCCAUGGCUUUGUUACAUUCGCGCGUAGGCAGAGUGUUUUAUUGGAAAAGUCAUGAAGAUGGGGCUCUCGGGUCGAAAUACAAACUGCACUGUAACAGAUCAUUGAAUCAUAGAUUUUUAGUUUUUAAGAAUUUGAAUACUUUUUAAAUGAUUGUUUAAUGAAGGGACGACUUCAACGUAAUUAACGUAAUUAGAAAUAUUUUAUUUUGAUUUCAAGUACAACAAUUAUAUUUAUUAAUAAUAAAAUGUUGUUAACGUUUGAAAAUUAUCAAUAUUAAUUUGAAACACUGGCGUGUUCUAUCGACAACGUCCGCUCUUCGUCACUCGCUCAGGCUCUCUCGUACUUCAUUGUUGAGACGAUGUUGCCAGUCUUGUUGGUCAGUAUCAGAGACUGUCCUUGAACUUCAAAGGUGGAGUCCAGUUCGAAAUUUUCUCCUUUUUCAUGCAAUUUAGCUUUUGAAUCACUUUCUACCGUAAUUUUAACGGUAAUUUUUCUUCCAUCCAUAGUUGUAGUGUCAUAAUCGGCACCUAUGGGAACUGUCAACUCUCUCUUCACCUCUCCCUUGAUGGUCACCUUCCUGUAAAUCUUGCCUCCAGCCUUGUCAUAUUGCAAUUCUUCAAUGUAAACAUUUGGGUUGCUCUUGAGCUCUC